UUUCAAGAUGGCGGAUUUUGAUGUUCCUGGCGUUAGUCAGGAAGACGAUGUUACAUUGCCUAGAGCUGCGGUGAACAAGUUAAUCAAAGAGAUGAUCCCAAAUGUUCGCGUUUCAAAUGAUGCCAGAGAGCUAAUUUUGAACUGUUGUACAGAGUUUAUUCAUCUUGUUUCAUCAGAAGCAAAUGAAGUUUGUAAGCAAAGAGCAAAGAAAACAAUUGCCCCAGAACAUAUAAUUGAUGCACUGAAGAGUUUAGGUUUCACAGCCUAUGUUCAAGAGGUCCAGUCUGUUUACAGUGACUACAAGAAGCAAGCUACAAGUAAAAGACGAGGAAGUAACCGUUUAGAAAACCUGGGCAUUCCCGAGGAGGAACUUCUACGACAACAGCAAGCACUUUUUGCCCAAGCACGAUUGGAACAGGCCCAGGUUGACCAAGAACAAUUUCUUCAAGCUCAAAUGUCACAAAACUCAACUAACUCAAUUGCCACUCAUGUAGCGGCAUCAUCUGAAACUAAUAAUAGCAACCAACAGAAAGCAUCUGAAGGAUAAUUUUUGAAACAGUCUAGUUAAAGAUAACACUAAUUUGUACAUAGUCAAGUCUAAACAUUCCAUGGGAAACAGCAGCAUUUGUCAUUUCAUUUGCUGCUAGAAAUGUAAUACCUAGUUCUUAAUAAAUAAAUAAAGCCUUGAU